AUGUCCUCUGCUGAAGUAAGAAUCCGUUUGGUCAGUUUGGCACUGUUGGUGAUCGAAUGCAGGGAGUAUCAGAACGUCAUUACCGUCAAACAAGCGGCGAUCUUUCUCUCUUUGCAAACACUCGAGAUCAAAUACGAUGUGUACAAUUGCACGAGUGAAGUGAAGCUGAUCGUUGGCGGCGAAGAGGCAAACUAUGGCGAAUUUCCCCACCAAGCGAUGCUGGGAUAUCCGCAAGAGGAUGAUCCUCAAAAGGUAAAAUUUCUUUGUGGCGGAACACUAAUCAGUGAAAAGCACGUUUUAACGGCCGCACAUUGUUUCGCGCAAAGCAUUCCCACUGUUGUACGUCUCGGAGAGUACAACACCAAGGUUCAUACAGGCCACGAAGUAGAGAUUCCGAUCGAUGGCAUCCGCAAGCAUCCGGAACAUCGACAUUCGGCAUCCUACCAUGACAUCGCGCUGAUACGCCUAAACAAUUCUGCCACACUGUCCAAGCACAUACGCCCAGCGUGUCUGUGGGAUUCAGACCAUCGCAACACAACGACUGUCAUCGCGACCGGGUUCGGGCGCGAGGAUUUUACCGGCAAGCCGUCUACCGUGUUGCGGAAGGUGCAGCUGGUCGAGUACCCGAUAGAGGAUUGCGCGAAAAAGUUUCGGUUUGCUCGACGUUUUAGAGACGGAAUAAUCGACGGACAGAUGUGCGUUGGAAGCAUUGGUAGCAACAUUACUGACACUUGCGGUGGUGACUCUGGAGGACCAUUGCAGGUUCUAAACUUUCCGAAGUCGUGCACCUAUCACGUGGUUGGUAUCACUUCGGUAGGCAACGUAUGCGGGAUCGGUAAAUCGAAGGCUAUUUACACCAAAGUGGCCCACUACAUCGACUGGAUCGAGGACAACGUUUGGGGGCUCAAUAGUACUCUAAGAUGGUAG